AUGUCCGCAGCCAGACUCUUGCGGCCUGCCUCAAGGCUCGUCUCUCAGCCUACCUUUCCUCGCACAGUGUCUCGGUCAGUCCGCAGGGCUGCCCUUUCAGCGUCUUCCUCGAUACGGAGCUAUGCCAGCCAGACACAAACCGUCACUGUCCGUGAUGCGCUCAACGAAGCAUUAGCGGAGGAGCUCGAGUCCAACGACAAGGUCUUCAUACUGGGAGAGGAGGUAGCGCAGUAUAACGGGGCAUACAAAGUCACAAAGGGCCUACUAGAUAAGUUCGGUCCCAAGCGGGUUAUCGACACUCCCAUCACCGAGUCCGGGUUCUGCGGCUUAGCAGUUGGUGCUGCCCUCGCCGGACUACAUCCUAUCUGCGAGUUCAUGACGUUCAACUUUGCCAUGCAAGCGAUUGAUCAAGUCAUCAACUCGGCGGCAAAGACGCACUACAUGUCUGGAGGCAUUCAGCCCUGCAAUAUCACAUUCCGAGGUCCCAAUGGCUUUGCUGCCGGUGUGGCGGCUCAGCACUCUCAAGACUACUCAGCGUGGUACGGCUCGAUCCCAGGUCUCAAGGUUGUGGCGCCUUGGAGUGCCGAGGAUGCCAAAGGGCUACUAAAGGCAGCUAUCCGUGACCCCAACCCGGUCGUUGUGCUUGAAAAUGAACUGCUAUACGGUCAAGCCUUCCCGAUGAGUGAGGAAGCUCUUAAGAGCGAUUUCGUCCUGCCCUUCGGCAAAGCCAAGGUUGAGCGUGCCGGCAGCGAUCUGACCAUCGUAACGCUAUCCCGAUGCGUCGGUCAGGCACUGGAAGCUGCCGAUCAAUUGAAACAGAAAUACGGCGUCGAGGCUGAAGUCAUCAACCUUCGGUCCGUGAAGCCACUCGACGUGGAGGCUAUCGUUAAGUCGGUCAAGAAGACCGGUCACUUGAUGGCUGUCGAAUCAGGUUUCCCUGCCUUCGGUGUUGCCUCCGAAAUUCUUGCCUUGACCAUGGAGUAUGCUUUCGAUUAUCUCAAGGCGCCAGCAGUCCGGGUCACGGGUGCAGAGGUACCUACGCCGUAUGCUCAGAAAUUGGAAGAAAUGAGUUUCCCACAGAUCGAUACCAUAACUGGAUACGCCGCCAAGCUUAUGCGGGUCUAA